AUGGCUUCAAAUCCAACACCAACUGCCGCACCUCAUCAUCAAACAAAAAAAAACACAACUGGCACCAUGUCUGAAAAAGUUGAUGAUAAAAGAUCGGAGAAAAUUUUUGAACUUCUUACUCGAUACCUAGAGGAGGAGGAAAGAAGAAGAAAAGAGAAGGAGGAAAGAAGAAGAGAGAAAGAAGAGGAAAGAAGAAAAGAGAAGGAGGAAAGAAGAGAAGAAGAAGAAAGAAGAAGAGAGAAAGAAGAAGAGAGAAGAAGAAAGAAAGAAGAAGAGAGAAGAAGAGAGAAGGAGGAAAGAAGAGAGAAAGAAGAAAAAAGAAAAGAAGAAGAAGUAAGUAUUGGUGUUUUGGUUUUGGAAAUAUUCAAAACAGGAAAUGACAUGUGUUGA